CUGACGUCUGUACUCUGUGGUUCAGUACCUGAGAUUUACCUGCUGUGUACUCGCCGCUCGGUGCUAGAAAUAUUUUUAAAACUUUUUUUACAGUUUAAUAUUAUUUUACUUAGAUAUUACAAUAGAAGAUGUCUGUAUCUGUAAAAGGAAUCUUCAUUGUCGGUGCUAAGCGCACCCCAUUUGGCACGUUCGGUGGAGUGUUCCGGAACACAUCAGCAACAGAGCUGCAGACCCUUGCUGCUACUGCUGCUCUGAAGGAGGCCGGUGUGGCUCCAACACAGGUUGACUCUGUGGUCGUUGGGCAGGUUAUGUCGGCAACACAAACAGACGGUAUCUACACACCACGUCAUGCGGCGCUCAAAGCAGGCAUCCCACAGGAUCGGCCAGCGUUGGGCAUUAACAGGCUCUGUGGGUCCGGCUUUCAGUCUGUUGUUAAUAGCGCUCAGGACAUUCUAACCGGCGCUGCGAACAUUUCCCUAGCCGGAGGGGUCGAGAACAUGUCCCAAGCCCCUUUCACAGUCCGAGGGGUCAGGUUCGGAACAGUUCUGGGUGCCAGCCACGUGUUCGAAGACAGUCUGUGGUCUGGUCUGACAGACUCCUUCUGUGGUCUCCCCAUGGGAAUGACGGCGGAGAAGUUGGGAGCCCAGUUUGGAAUUACCAGGGAUGAGGUGGAUGCUUUUGCCCUCAAGUCGCAGCAAAGAUGGAAGACAGCGAACGACGCCGGAAUAUUCAAGUCGGAAAUCGAACCCGUGACCCUGACCAUCAAGAAGAAGGAAGUAAAGGUGGAGGUAGAUGAGCACCCUCGGCCGCAGACCACCAUCGAGAGCUUGAAGAAAUUACCCCCCGUGUUCAAGAAGGAGGGGCUGGUCACUGCUGGGUCUGCUUCGGGCAUCAGCGACGGGGCCGGGGCCAUCAUACUAGCGAGCGAAUCAGCGGCCAAGGGGUUGAAACCCCUCGCGAGGCUCGUGGGCUGGUCCUACGUGGGGGUCGACCCCAGCAUCAUGGGCAUCGGACCUGUUCCAGCCAUCGAGAAUCUGCUGAAAGCUACCAAGAUGACCUUGAAUGAUAUUGAUCUUAUUGAGAUAAACGAAGCGUUCGUGGCCCAAACGCUCUCUUGCGCGAAGGCCCUGAAGCUAGACAUGGAGAAACUGAACGUAAACGGCGGGGCCACAGCCCUGGGGCACCCGCUCGGGGCCUCGGGCUCCAGGAUCACUGCGCACUUGGUACAUGAGCUCAGACGUCGUGGAUUAAAGCGUGGUAUCGGCUCAGCUUGCAUCGGCGGAGGACAAGGCAUUGCCCUCAUGAUCGAAACUGUUUAAAUAAAUAAUUAAAUGCAUAUUGUAAUAUACCCUGAAAUCAAGAAAUUAAAUCAUUUUUUUAUACUUUACUAUAUUUUUGUAACGUUGAAAAUUCAAAUAUGAUUUUUUUACGAAUUGAUAACAAAAUUUAUAUGAAAUAAUAUUUUUUGUUGUGACGACUGUAAAUUAUUUAUUUGUAAAUUGGUUUGAAAUUGUUAUUUUUUUAUAUAAUUUUGUAUCAUCAGCUUUGAAGUGAUUUUAUAUUUAUCAUCUAUAUUGAGAAUGCGUGGAUCGCGUGUAUGGCAUAACAGAAAUCAACCAGUUUAGAAAAUAUGCUAAAAUUUUAUAAUAAUAUGUCUAAGAUCAUAUUAUUAAAUAAAAUGUAUGCAAUAUGGUGUAAGAGUUUGGCAGACUUUCCCGCGUUAGUUCAUAAAUGUGAGCUUAAUAAGAAAUAAUUUUAUUUUUUAAGUCAUUUUGUAAGAGAAAAUAGGAAAUAAACGUGUAAAGUUGAUUAAAAUAGUCAUUUUAUAAUAUUUAUUAUACACAAUAUACUUUACGGUAUACACUAAAACCUUUUAUUAUAACUGUAAGUGUUUUUACAAUUGUUGUUAGAAAGUAUUCUUUAUGAAGCCUACCUGUAUAUUUUGUAAUACCUCUAUUUUUGAAAAUAAAAUAUUUUUAUUAUA